UGAGGAAUUCAAGUUCAGUACACGCGUAGCGCUCAAUCCGUUUGGACGGUGGUGAGAAAUAAGCUCGGAAGUCGACGGCAAAACAUAAUACAUAGUAUUUGUAAUAUAAUAAUAACAAACGUUACAACGACCCCAAACGCGAUUAUUUAAUUGCUGACACAAAGGAAUCACAUUGCAAAAAAAUAAUUAAAAAAAAAUACAAAUUUAAAUAAAGGAAAUAAAUAAUUAUUAUUUUAAUAAGGACUGCUCAAGCGGAAAAUUGAUUGUUUUAAUUAAAAAACGCCUUAUUUUCAAACAAAAGUUAAAAUAACUAAAAAAUAGAAAAGUGUAAGCUAAAAAAUAAAUAUUUUUUUUUUUGAAAAAUAUCAGCGCAACUUAACGUUAUCACAAUGCCAUCGGAAAAAUCAAUUUACAAUCCGAAUCCGGCAAUCAGCCGUGAUGCCUACAUAUCCAGCAUGGCUGAGUAUAGAAAAUUCUAUGAGGAAUCAUUGGAUAAUCCAGAGGAAUUCUGGAUGCGCGUAGCCAAACAAUUUCAUUGGGAAACACCAGCCGAUCCAAAAAAGUUCCUGCAAUACAAUUUUAAUAUAACCAAAGGACCAAUUUCCAUUAAAUGGAUGGAAGGUGCUUCCACAAAUAUUUGCUAUAAUCUUUUAGAUCGCAAUGUACGCAACGGGCUGGGCGACACUAUAGCCUAUUACUGGGAAGGCAAUCAUCCCGACGACUAUUCUCGUGGUCUCACCUAUCGUAAAUUGCUGGAAGAAGUCUGUCGCUUCGCCAACGUACUUAAAGAUCAUGGCGUCAAGAAGGGCGAUCGUGUCUCCAUCUAUAUGCCGAUGAUACUUGAACUGCCGAUCGCCAUGUUGGCUUGUGCCCGCAUCGGUGCUGUACAUUCCAUUGUUUUCGCCGGCUUCUCAUCCGACUCGUUGGCGGAACGUAUGUUCGAUUGCCAGGCAAAGGUGUUGAUCACCGCUGAUGGCGCUUGGCGUGGCGAGAAACCAUUGUACCUGAAGGCACUCUGUGAUGUGGCUUUGGAAAAGGUUGAAGAGAUGGGUCACACGGUGGAAAAGUGUAUUGUGGUGUCACAUUUGAAACGUGUAACACCCUGUGCUGAUGAUCAUGUCGAACAGGAUAUACCGUGGACGGAAGAUCGUGAUUUCUGGUGGCAUGAGGAGAUGGAGGACAAGGAGCCAGCCUGUUACCCCGAAUGGAUGGAGGCUGAAGAUCCACUUUUCAUGUUGUAUACAAGCGGUUCCACCGGCAAGCCAAAGGGUGUUUUGCAUACCACAGCGGGUUAUUUGUUGUAUGCGGCAACAACAUUCAAAAUUGUCUUCGACUAUAAGCCAGGUGAUAUUUAUUGGUGCACAGCUGAUAUUGGCUGGAUCACCGGACACACGUAUGUGGUAUAUGGACCCUUGGCUAAUGGCGCUACAUCGGUGAUGUUCGAGGGCACACCCUUCUAUCCGGAUAAUGAUCGUUUUUGGGCAGUGAUCGACAAAUAUAAGGUGACACAAUUCUAUACCGCACCUACAGCUAUACGUGCGUUGAUGAAGUUCGGCGAAGCACCUGUUUUGAAGCACAAUCUAAACGGUUUGAAGGUACUAGGCAGCGUGGGUGAGCCCAUCAAUCCAGAAGCUUGGCUGUGGUUCUAUCGUUAUAUUGGUAAAGAGAAGUGCUCGAUUGUUGACACAUUCUGGCAGACAGAGACUGGUGGUCACGUGAUCACACCCAUUCCCGGCGCUACGCCAAUGAAACCGGGCUCAGCGUCAUUCCCAUUCUUUGGCGUUAAGCCCACGCUACUCGAUGAGAGUGGUGUUGAAAUCAAGGGCGAAGGUGAAGGUUACCUAGUAUUCUCACAACCAUGGCCGGGUAUGAUGCGCACUUUGUUUGGCAAUCAUGAACGUUUUGAGAGCACAUACUUCUCGAAAUUCCCUGGCUUCUACUGCACUGGAGAUGGUGCACGCCGCGAUGCCGACGGUUACCUCUGGAUCACCGGACGUGUCGAUGACAUGCUUAACGUUUCUGGACAUCUUAUGUCCACAGCCGAAGUGGAAUCAGUGCUUACCGAACAUCAUCGUGUAGCCGAAGCUGCAGUCGUCUCGCGACCACACACAGUGAAGGGUGAAUGCCUCUAUUGCUUCAUAACACCUAAUGAGAAUGAAACAUUCGACGCCAAACUCGUCUCGGAAUUGAAGAAAUUGGUGCGUGAACGCAUCGGACCAUUCGCCAUGCCCGAUGUGGUACAACAUGCACCCGGUUUGCCCAAAACACGCUCCGGCAAGAUAAUGCGUCGUGUGCUGCGCAAAGUAGCGCUGAAUGAUCGCAAUGUUGGCGACAUCUCAACGCUGGCCGAUGAGAGUAUCGUGGAUCAAUUGUUCAAGAACCGACCGGCGGAAAAGUAAAUAACAGUAAAGCAAGGAAUGUACAACUGCGACAUGCAUGCAGACAAAAGUAGGUAGGGUGGUGCAUGUUUGUAUGGAAAAAGAGAAUAUAAAAAUUUUAGAAAUAAUUUGUAAAAAGUAGGAAAAGGAGAAGACGCCGACGGCGACGAUGUGCAACGAUACAGUUAGUGGGCAGCGAAUUGGUGCUAGGCAAUUCAAAAUAUGCUUGCCAAAGCAAGUGCUUAAGAUUUGAGAAAAAAAUUGAAAAAACAAA